AUGCGUUUCAACGUGAAAAUCGACUGUUUUCUUCUGGUCUUGUUCUCCCAGCAUAUUCUUGGUUACUUCAAUGAUAUUUUAACAAAAAAUGUGACAAUUGCACAUCCUGAAACUGGUCUUUUCCUUAGUUAUGUGGGAUUAUAUAGACCAUCUGAUGCAAUAGUUCACAACACAGCAAUUUUCCCAAUGACUGUGGCCACGUGUCAUUUUCUACCUCUAUCAGCUGCCUUACAUAUCCCUGCAUGUAACAUCACAAUCAAAAGGCAUAAACGUCUGCUCACUGACAUCAUAAGUCUAGGAAUAGGAGUCACGAGUCUCGCCAUGACUACAGCAAAUUCUAUACAAAUAUCAAAUCUUAACCAUCAGGUAGCACUCGUCGAAAAAUCUCUCUCUGAAUUCUCUCAUACUAUGAAAAUACAUGGAGCACAAUUAGCUAAAAUUCAGGAGACUCAGAUCCAACUAGCAGAAGAACUUCAAAUAACACAACGAGCUAUCAAUGCUAUAAUUCCGAUUCUAGACUGGCAUUCCCAAAAUAUUGAGGUUAUCAAGUUUUCCAUGGAGAAAAUCCAUACUCAGUUUCAGCAUUCCUUUCUCUACUUGGCUAUAAAACAAAUCUUUCGUAAUCAACUGACAUUAGAUUUUCUCUCACCAGAUGAUCUACAUAAUGUGAUCUAUGAUGUCAUGAUACAAGGAAAUCUGACAUUUACCUCCGAAUAUGGAUCGCUUCCACUUGCUCAAAUUAUUACCAACCUUCUCGUUCGUCAACAAGUUGACUUUAUUCCCAGCUCACGAUAUGAAACUAAGAGUCCAGAUGAAAUUGGUCGUCUUGUCAUAACUAGUUAUUUUGCCGUCCCACAACGAGAACACACAUCUUUUCACGUCUAUAAGUUAUUGCCAAUUCCUUUCGUUCAUCAAAAUAAAACUAUGCAACUCACGCAAAUUCCUCAGUAUUGGGCAGUUAAUACACUAGAUAAUACUACAAUGGAAUGGCAUGAUUCUCAAGCAUCUGGAUGUGAUCUUCAAGCCAUGGCCACCUGUCGUGAUAAUCCACCAAUAUUAUCGAUGUCGGAUAGAACUUGUCUUGCACAAAUCCUUGGAGGUCUACCACUAUCAAAGUGUCAAACAGCAUUAGUUGCGCCUGAGCCAUUUUUCCUUCGACAACUACGAGAUAAUCUUUGGGUCAUUUCAUCGCCUGAGCCACUUCAUUGUUUAAAAAUUCUAUCAGCUGAACACUCUGCUCUUAGACAACAAACAUGGAAUAUCAAUAGCCAAUUGCUAUUACCACCUGUUGCUCUGGUAAAUGUGACCCCAGGAUACACAAUUGCUUGUCCUGGGUUUACUUUGGUAGGUCAUCAUAUACCUUCGAGUGCUCCAUCAUUAGUAGUUUUGUACAACAACAGUCUACUAAGUAACAAUAUCUCCAUAGUAAAUAUUGAUCGAUAUCUCAGAGAAAAUACGUCAUGGUUUAGUGUGAAAUCACGCGAACAAAAAAUUGACGACAUUAUAAAACGUAUGCAUGAACCAAUUGCAGUUCCUGUUUCUGAGCAUCCAAAAUUUCAUCUUAAUCAUACGUGGUAUUUUGGCGCAUCAGUCUUUAGCUGGAUAUUUAUAGGAUUAAUUCUUUUCGUUAUAUACUAUGUUUAUCGAUUUAAGCGAAAACAAAUCUUACAAAAUAUUUAA